UCCGUGUUUCGAGAAGAAAUAAAAUAGAAAAUGACGCGGGGUAAGGAAGGCCCAAAUCGCACACAUCAUAUCACCAACAGAACGAGGUCAUUCAGUGAUCCGUCCGUCCCCAGUGUAUAUGUCAUGUGUGCGAGGGAGCAAGUUAGUCAUCCGCGCCGCCGCCCGCCGCGCCGCCCCCCUUAUCUCUCGCUCCCAGAAAAAAAACAGGAAGCAAGGCCGGCCUUGUAGAUACUCGGGGAGCCGAGCGGUGCCGCCACGGCCCUCGGGGCCGAAGCCCUCGAUGGCUCGUGAAUGGCUUCGAUCCCCACCUAGAAUAGCACAACCUACACCCCUCCAUUCAGAGGCAUGUGCUAGCUGGACUUCAAGGCUUCAGGGCCUCUUCAGGCCCUCCUCUUGGAGGAGAGGGGAGAGAAAGAGCGGUGGUCCAAAGCAGGGUUGUCCCCGGAUCAUGGCAAUUCUGGUAGCGAAAGGACCAGGGAUCGGCCAUGUGCUGCGGGCAGGUGAUUGCGUGAGAGAUGGUGAAGAAGAGGGAUGUGUGUGUGUGUGUGUGAGUGAGUGACCGCAGACCAAAUCGCAUGUCUUGCAAGGAUGGGGGAAGCAGAAGCAGGAGAUGGCGCCCUAUCACCAUCCGCGCUCGCACUUUUCCACGCGUGAAAGACUGAACAGCGCCGCCCCCAACCCAAACAGAAAGAGAGAAAAAAAGGUCGACCAAAGAAACUCA